AUGGACAUCCUGCAUGACACAAGCAAUGGAUUUAUGAAUGGAUACAUGUGGAUCAAUUACAUUACUGUCUCCCUGGUUUUAGAGGAGUCUCCAUUUCCUCAAAUGGGAUGCAUGGGAACCAAAGAACAGGAAAUGGCACUCUCACCUCAUGUGGAAAAUGAAGGAAAAUCAUCCUCGAAUUCCCUGCUGCCUGAUGAGAAGCUUUCUCUCAUCAAAGAAAAUCUUCAGGAAGUUCUUGGAGAAGAAUGCCUCAAGGAAAUCUUGUGUGUACGUGAUCUGAAACUCUACUGGGGCACAGCAACAACAGGGAAGCCCCAUAUUGCAUAUUUUGUCCCCAUGUGCAAAAUUGCAGACUUCCUUAGGGCUGGUUGUGAGGUCACAAUCCUAUUUGCUGAUUUGCAUGCUUACCUGGACAAUAUGAAGGCACCUUGGGAGCUCUUGGCAUUAAGAACCAAGUAUUAUGAGAAGGUGAUCAAGGCCAUGUUAUCAUCUAUAGGGGUGCCUCUUGAAAAGCUGCGAUUUGUAAAAGGUACCGAUUACCAGCUGUCAAGAGAAUUUAUGCUGGAUGUGUUUCGAAUGGCCUCCAUGGUGACAGAACAUGAUGCCAAGAAAGCUGGGGCUGAAGUGGUGAAGCAAGUUGAACACCCUCUCCUCUCUGGUCUCCUCUAUCCCUGUCUCCAAGCGCUAGAUGAAGUGUUCUUGAAUGUAGAUGCACAAUUUGGAGGAGUGGAUCAAAGGAAGAUCUUUACAUUUGCAGAGAAGUACCUCCCCCAAAUGGGAUACACAAAGCGUGUUCACUUCAUGAAUCCCAUGGUGCCAGGUUUGACUGGGGGCAAGAUGUCAGCAUCAGAAGAGGAGAGCAAGAUUGACCUCCUGGACACUCCUGCUGCAGUCAAGAAGAAGCUAAAAAAGGCCUUCUGCUUUGUAGUGCAUCGCACUACAGCUAAUGGAGGUGAUGUCCAGUUUCCCACUUAUGAAUCAGUAGAAGCAGCAUUUCAGAAUGAAAGCCUUCAUCCUGGGGAUUUGAAGAUGGGAUUGGAACCCUAUGUCAAUCAGCUCUUGGAACCCAUACGAAAGGAGUUUGCUGAUCCUCAUUUGACCAAACUGGCCCAAGAUGCUUACCCUUCCCCCACCAAAGGGAACAGGAAAGAUGGCAGAGAACAAUGUGAAGAGGUGAUGGGCCCUCAUCGUUUAGACAUUCGUGUUGGGAAGAUAUUGGAAAUCACCCAUCAUCCCAGUGCAGAUUCCCUCUAUGUUGAAACCAUCACUUUUGGAGGGGGAGAAGAUCGGGUAGUAGUGAGUGGGCUGGUGGAGCAUGUCCCACUCGAGGACAUGCAAAAUCGACUGGUGGUUGUGUUAUGCAACCUCAAGGCAGCCAAGGUGCGAGGAAUUGAGAGUCAAGGGAUGGUCCUCUGUGCUUCCCAGGACAAGGAGGAGGGAGGAGGACGGAUUGUUCAACCCCUUAUCCCACCUCCUGGGUCUCAGCCUGGGGAUCGCAUAUUUUUUAAGGAUUUCCAGCAUCUUACUCCUGAUACUCUCUUGCAACCAAAGAAGAAAGUCUGGGAAACCCUCCAGGUUGACUUGAAAACAUCGCUUGGUGGGGAAGGAGAAUGGAAAGGUCAUGGGAUGUAUACAUCCAGGGGUCCAGUUACUACUGUACCUCCUCUCUCCAAUGCUCCUAUCAGAUGAUCCCAGUUGGUCUUUUUGAAAAUGAUGCAAUAAAAAACCAUCUUGAAUCCAG